GAACUAACAUUAUCAUAAUUAUACGGCUUGACAAUUUAAUAUGCCGCUAUAUAUAGAUAACCAUUCAAAUAUAGUUCUUUUGCAUGUAGCUUUAGAUAAAAUUAUAUAUCAGAAGGAGCAGGUUUAAUUUUGUGCCUUGAUCAGUUUAAUUGGUACAUCAGUGGUGCGAAAGCUGUGGUGGGUGGUGGACGUGUAGUGAUAGUGUAAAAUGAAGUGGUUAAUUGUAAUCGGACUUUUUAUUUAUAUGGAGCUUACUGAGGGCACUGCGAUACGGGUGCCGUCACAAGCUCCAGCGAAAGAUUCAAGUAUAACGGACACAACAGAAAAAGAAUACAUAAAUUCAGAAGAAUUCAGCACAUACGAAGAUGUUCGGUUAGAGACCGAGUGCUUGGUCGGGAGUGAGUGGCUGAGUAAUUGUCACGCAUGUCGCUGCUCCAAGGAGGGCAGAGCCAUCUGCUUAAAACAAGAUGUCUGUGAUAAGGCCUAUGGUGAACCUUUAAAAUGCAAGCCAGAGACGUCGUUCAAGAGAGACUGCAAUACAUGUAGAUGCCUUGACAAUGGUCUAGUACUUUGUACUAUGAAGGGCUGUUCUCGAGGAACCAUUCAAAUGAAAGCGGAUUUGCAGUCGGGGAAAGAUUGUUUACCAGGCACGAGAUGGAAGAGCAGAUGCAACGAUUGUUACUGCUCUCAAGAGGGUGUCAGGAAUUGCACAAUACUCGAUUGUCCGGGACAAGAGAAUGAACCCGUACUCCGAUGUUCUCCGGACUCCAUGUGGAGGAACGAAUGCAACACUUGCUGGUGUACGACAGAUGGACACGCCAUGUGUACUAGAAUGGGUUGUUCAUUGCAUAACGUUUCAGAUUGGAAUCCACAACCAGCUAAAUCAAUAGAAAACAGAUAUUUGUCGUCUUUGUCGUCCAGGCAAAAUGCAUUCCAUAAAGUCCAGAGACGAUCUGUCUGUGAGCCGAAUGCGAUAUUCAAAAUUGACUGUAAUGAUUGUUUUUGCUCUUCAAAUGGAGAAGACAUAUCUUGCACACUUAAGGUUUGUCUUGGCGAAAGCUCGGAGGAAACAGAACAAAAGGAAAAACUACUAAGGUUUAUCGAGACAAGGUCAAUCGAAGGAAAUCUUAUAAAACGUCCAAUAUGCAAAGCGAAUACAUUAUUCAAAGUUAAUUGCAACGAGUGCGCGUGCGCCGCUGAUGGGCAAAGCUACUCGUGCAGUGACGAUGAUUGCGAUGAUAGGCCUAUCAAUGAUGAUGUUGAGGUGUUUAUGGAGGAAGGGGGCCCAGACCACAUAGAACAUUCCGUGUGCAAGCCUUUCGCAGUGUUCCAUAUGGGUUGUAAUACCUGUCGUUGUAAUAUGAACGGCAGUAACUACUCUUGUACCAAUAAACCAUGCCCAUUACCCGAAGACGUUGAAAUAUUCAAAGAAUUGGAGGCCCGAAAAUCCGUUAACGCGUCCGAAGUCGUAUGCACUGCUAACAGAAUGUUUAUAAGAGACUGCAACACUUGUUGGUGCAAUGACGACGGCACUGGCUUCUUUUGCACGAGGAAAGUCUGCGUCCUACCGGAAGAGGGUGAAGAGAAUCCUGAGAAUUUGAGGGCAAUCAAAAAGCAGUGCCGUCCCGACGAAGUGUUUGAACUGGACUGCAAUACAUGUCGGUGUAACUCUGAUGGCGAGUCGUAUUCCUGCACUCGGCGGGUCUGCGUUCCUGAACCUGACGAAGAGAAUAAAAACAGAAGAAAACGAGCAACUUCACAGCAAAAACCAAAUCCCGAUACAGCGCCGUCCAGGCCAGCUCCAACCUUAAAGGGUGCGCCUAAGAACUGCCAACCAAACCAAGAGUUUCGUUUGGAUUGCAAUAAAUGCCUUUGUGAUAAUGAAGGACAAAAUUACUCAUGCACGAGAAUUGAUUGCGCUGCCUUAAACAACAACAAUGGAGGCGAUAGGACGAAGCGAGAAGUGGCAUCACAAGAACAGUUAAACUGUACACCUGGCACAGUCUUUGACCAGGGCUGCAACGUCUGCCAGUGCACCACAGAUGGUAACCACGCCGUAUGCUCCAUGAAACGGUGUCGCGAUGAGAGCGAGAAUGACAUUAAUGCUCCCGAGAACGACCCAAACUUCCGAUGCAAUCCGGGAGAACAAUUCAAACGCGGAUGCAAAGAUUGUACUUGUUCAGCUGAUGGAAGGAGUACCUUCUGUACUCUACGUCUUUGCGACCAAGACAUCAACCCAGCACUUUAGAUUUAUGCCACCCUGGUACAUCAGUGAGUGAUUAUUUUACAAUGUUUUCUUUUAAUAAAUGUUAAUAAUAAUAAAAAACGAGAAAAUCCAAUAUCCAAGAUUACAAAGAAACGUUCUUUUAUUUAUACAGUCCUGGUAUGUAGGAAUUCUUGCAAUUCAGUUUUCUACAUACCAACGAAGUGAAAAACGUAAAUAAACCUUGAAACAUUUUACAGCUAUCAUAAAUAAAUAUUACACAUAACCAAUAACAAAGUUAAUUCGAAGUUAUGACGGGAAAACACACUUUCUAAAUUUUUCCCAAAUGUCUCAUACAAGGAAAAUUUCCAAGUUUUUUUUAAGUCUAUGAUUACAAAUACAUAUAACUUUAGUACUCCAUAAGGUCGUUUUAUAUACCUAGGUAUCAAAACAAAUUCUCGACAGUUAGAAAAGUAAGUAUUAAACUUCUAACGAAGAAAAAUUAAGUUAGUUUUAACUACAUUGAUAGUAUUCACUUAAUUAUUCUUAUUUGUAUUGUUUAGCCUUAACGUAGAUAAGUUAUUUUCAAAUCGUCAUAUAGAUUCUUACAACAAAAUGUAUUCAAAAAUUUAGUUAGAAAUUUCUUGAACGGAAAACUAAUGUUAUUCUUAUUUUCAUAGAUUUACGACGCAUAGUAAAACCAGUUUAAAACGAUUUAACGCGGCGUAGGAACUAACUGAAAUUCAUAUAGCAUUAUGCGUUAUAUUUACUGACUUUUAUAUAAAAACUGUAAGUCGUGAUCAAAAGAGCUGAGCUCACAUAAUUGCUUUUGUACAUAAUCUUAAAUGAUUAUUUAGAUAUAAUUUAUGUAUUACUAUUUACUAUAGAUCAGGAUUUAUGAGUGCUUUUAUAGAAAUUUUAAUUAAACACUUUCAUGAUCAGACAAUGUUUAAUGUUAUUUAAUACUGUAAACAAUAUUUAUUUCUGUGUUGGUCAUUAUUGUUUGAGCCUAUGUAGAAAUAAUUUUGAAAGAA